AUGUUUCGCAACGUGGCUUACAUCCAAUUCUGCCUCUUGGUGGCUGCAUCGGGAACAGCUGACAUUGCUGGGCACGCGCCAGUCACCACGGAGGAUGAACCGAUUGCCUGUCCCACUGGGAUGGGCGCUUUGCGCAAGGCGUUGGCUUCCUUCGAUCUGAAGGAUCCUUCUCGACUUGUGGAUAUGGCUGUCUCAAGCUUUCUUCCUGACCUCAUGGCCUUGCUUGCAGCGGGUCUCUUCUUUUACUUCUUGAACCUUGUCCUUGUGGUGCCCAAGAGGCGCUCGAAGCCCCGCACCGAGCCCCUCGAGGACAGCGAAGAUGAAGCCCAGAGCCAGGUGCCGGAGAUCUCUGGCUGCACCGCGCUGCAUUUGGCGGCACACAACGGCUGUGCCAGAGAGCUGGGAGCCCUUAUCGACUCAGGCCUUGAUGUCAAUGCCGUCGACAACUACAACGAGACAGCUCUCCACAUGGCCGCACGAGUGGGCCGCGUCGACAUUUGCUCCAUGCUUCUGGAGGCUGGCGCCGACCCAGAGGUCCAGAACAAGCAUAUGAAAACCGCUUUCCUCAUCGCAGCCAUCUCCGGCCACUCCGAGGUGUGCGAUCUGCUCCGUCCGAGUCGAAAGACGAGGAAGACUGUGGCCCGCAAGGAGAAGUUAAUGCCCAAGCAGGAGCUGGACGAGGACAUGUUGAGCGAUGAGUCAACGGAGUUUUCGGAUCUCUAUCAACCCUCCGAGGAGGGCGGUUUCGGUGCAUCCGAGUUACACGAUGCUGCACUCAUGUCGUCUUUGGGCCAGGUCCUGGCCCUUUUGCGUCGCGGUGCCGAAGUCAACCGCUGCGAUCCGUGGGGCGAGACCGCCCUGCACAUGGCCGCGCGUGUUGGCAGUCUGGAGAUUUGUGCGGCACUGUGUGCUGCACGCGCAGACCCCACCAUGCUCAACAAGGACAGCAAUUCAGCCCUGGACGUGGCCAACGUCUCGCAAAACCAGGACAUCUGCAAGCUGCUGCAGGACAUCCGGACAUUUCAUUGGCCUGCCGAAUGA